CGUAAACAAAGCCAAAAAUUUACAAAUAAUGACGGAAAAAUGGAUUACGUUUGGUGGCUAUCGGUGACCUAGCCAAGCGCUCCCACCCAACCAUGGGUGCCCUCGAGGUGCUGCAGGGCACCACCCAUUCUCAGUCGGCAGGAGCCCCCUCCUCGCGACUACGGCGGUUCCAUCUCCCCCACUGGGAAAGUUUACUCACACAUUGUGGGUUUUACAAAGGUUUAAUAAAUAUCCCUUUAAGACCGAAACAUGGCCGCCGUCUCGGAUAUCUCCGCGGUCAAAGCAGAGGAUUCGUUUUGGUGGAAAAGGGUACAGGCGCCACGGAAACUAUGCUCUACCAGUCAUGUAUUGGUAGAGCUCGCAUGGAAACGCGGCCCUCAGAGGAACAUACGCGAUGCGUAUGUGUAUGGUCACCUAAUCCUGAGGAGCUCCAAGGGAAAAGAAGGGACAGGCCGAAAAGGCAAACAACGAGGACAAAUAAGGCUCUCGGGUCUAACUCCGGAUAAACUCACAAACAGCCACUGUUGGGCCGGCCUGGAGGCGAUGAUAGCCCGGGCUGAUGACUUCCCGUCGGAGGCCAGGAGCGACACGGAUCUCCACACGGGAAAACGGCGCUCUCCGGUGAGUUGUGUAAGAGCAGUCCGAGAUUCGGCUGCCAGACAAAAUGGCGAUCCUUCUCAUCGCCGCAAUGCGACCGCUAGAAGUUCCCGAGAGGAGGAUGACGCGGUACGCCGGAACGGACUCACCGGGAAAUGUUGACGUCGUCGGCGUCGACUGUGCAAGGCCUUCCUGGAUGGUCGUCGGCACAGGUCGAACGGACACCGGUUGCUGGGCAGCCAAGUCGGGCUGGUAGGUAUGGCGAAGUAUGCGAUGUCGGUAAAACUCCAAAUAAAUCUUCCGGGGCCCUUUGUAUUGGGACUCCGGUUGCCUUCAUAAAUAAUAAAUAUUACACACUGAACUACUAUACUUUAACUUCACUCACUAUUUAUAAUUGUAAGCACAAAGAAAAAUGUAGUACCACGGUGCUAGGUGCAACAACCUGGCUGGACAGUAUGGCCGCGACUAUCACGAUAUCUGCUGAUCAUCGCCCCCCGCCAUAUUACAUGGCCUCUCUCAGCAUUGGGUCAUUGGAUACAUGGGCCAUUUGAAGUAAUCCCAGAGCGAACCGGCAUUAAUCUUCAAAUGGCCAGAUCGCCCGCCAGACUCAUCCCGCUGCUGCAGCUAUCGCCCUAUCGACCUAACCUAUCGAUAACGUCGCUCCCACUCGACUCCAAUUGCAACAGUAU